AACACAACACCAGUUCAGUCGUCACUGGCUGUCUUUCUGUUAGGGCGUGUUUUCAAGCCAAGUUAAGCUUGGCAGGGAGGAGGCGCCAGGCCGAGCAGACUUUAUUUCUCCUCCAAAUUUAACCUACUGAUGUGUAAUUUACAGUAACUAUGGAUUUCGACGCGUUAUUUAAUGAAAACACGUUUCAGUUUUCGGACUUCCAGGAGUUCACGUUUCUUCCUGGACACCAAAAACUGAGGGAGCGAGUGAGAAAAAGACUGUAUUAUGGCCUGGACAAAGAUGUUUCACUAGAUGCCCUUUCUUGCCCUGUUACAGAUAUUGCUGUUGAAAUUUUCCAAAAGUCUGCCCCGAGCCCAAUCCGAAAGCUCCAGAAGAAGUAUGCUGCUCAUGUUGCAAGGGAGGCUUGCAUCUCUCCGUGUGCCAUGAUGCUGGCUUUGGUUUACGUAGAAAGACUCCGACACAGAAACCCUGAGUACCUGCAAAAGAUCUCCUCAUCUGACCUUUUCCUGAUCUCGAUGAUGGUUGCCAGCAAAUACCUCUAUGAUGAAGGUGAGGAAGAGGAGGUUUUCAAUGACGAGUGGGGAGCAGCUGGGAAACUGGACGUCCAAACGAUCAACAACCUGGAGAUGAGUUUCUUGAAGGCCAUUGAGUGGAGCCUCUUCACAGAGCCAAAGGAUGUCUUUGAUAUACUCUGCCACCUGGAAACAAGCAUUGCGGAGAAGCAAGGAAUGAGACGUGGCUGGUUCACCUACACUGACCUGUGUGUGCUGCUGGAUCACUCCGCGUGGAGUCACGCCCUCGCUGCCGUCUAUCAGCACUUUCUAAAGGUGUCCUGUAUGCUCAGCCUGGUGUAUCUGACCGGUGUAGCCGCUCUUAUUGCUGGCAGUGCUGUUGUGCACCAGCUCAGUCUGUGCAGAGGCGACCAAUCCGCGCUUCCUUCACCAAACAAAAUUGGCCUCCUCCAGACCCCCAGUCUCAGCCCAGAAGCAGCCACGCCGGCCCACCGCCCGCCUUGUUGUGUUCUGACCAAUAAGUCGCUGAACGGUCAAACCACUUCGCUUGAAAUCAACCAGCAACGCAGGCAGAACAAUUCCCCGUUGGGUUCUGCAAAAAACUCUGUUUUGUGUCUCUGGAGUUCUCUGCUGGCCUCUGUGAGCCGUGGGCAUCCUGUCCAAAAUCCCGACGCAGAAUCUCCCCGAGCCUGGCCGUCUUCCUCCUUCGACUGUUCCGGCUGUCUUCCAAACCUUCCUCAUCUUCAGUGUGUACUUCGAAACACCUCGGCCCUCCCUUGCCACGGUCCUGUCAAACCCUAUCCUCAGUCGACGUGGCUUUCCUCCAGCCUGAUGGGAGCCGCAGGAUCAAGUCUGGACUCACACUUUGGGGCGUUUCCAACUAUAGAUCUGUUGCCGUGCCGACCGGAGGCUCUGCUCGUCCCCGGCUAGAGAGGCGUCACCUGUUGUCAUGCUGGGAACAUCCCUGGAAACCGUAAAAGCUUUUGUUUUCACGACUCACCACUGUCUUCUUGUUAAGAACGCAGACGCAAAGUGGCACUUUUUAUUUUUACUGAGGCGCUCUUAAGGGUGACAAAUCUGCUUUUUCAUAUUGGGAUGAACACGAUUUCUUCUGAAUGUCUUGACUUAUACAUGAUAAAAAAAACAAAACCUAUCUACAAGAAAGCUUUCCAGCGAGCGCUUCUUUUACUAGCUUUAACCAGCAGAGGCUAUUUGCUAAGUUUCCACUUUGCCCAUGCGUACUCUGUGUUACCAUUUGUUUGUUCUUCUAUCAGUUUGGGUCAGAUUGGUUGCAAGCACUGAUUUGUUUUGUUCAGAGUAAGUAGUCGGGGUUCGGUACCUGCAGAGGGAAGUGUCAAAAAGUGGAAGUAGACUACUGAGUGGGAGCUUUCUCUGCAUAUCCAAAUGCACCUGUCACUUGUUUCAUUGAGAUUAAAGACAUGCUGUUUUCUCUACAAUAUUUAGCGUUUCCUUCUCUUAUGCACCAUAUUUCAUGUUGGUAAUAAUCCCUGCUGAAGGUCGGCGGUGAAGAUUUGGCCUCUAUGGGUUUUGUAGCAGGUUUCUUGCCUCUGUGUCCAACACGUUAAGAAGGCUAACUGAAGUGUUGUUGUUUUGUUUUUUUUAUGCAAUCUGGAAUUUGCACAUUUUCCUGAAACACACCACUUGUUUUCAUUAUCUUAUUGCUGCUUUGUUUCCAUUUAAACACCAUAGAAGAAGAAAAACAUAUUUUUUAUGUGCAAUUAAGCAAGGAAUGGGGGGGGAUACAUUCAAGGUUUGGAUUUGAUACAUUUUGGAGCAGAAAAACAUUUAAUUUUGUAAAUGGUGUAAAGAAAAAAAAAAGAUGAACCCAUAAUUAAUAAAUGCUUUUAUAAAGA